AUGCCAAUCACAAAUCUCGCGUUUGGCUAUUCUAAAGAUCCAUGGACAGUUUAUUUUGCUGGACAAAAAAUACAAAGUGCAUCAGCAACAUCAUUUGAAGUAUUAAAUGAUGGUUAUGCAAAAGAUCCAUGGAAUGUUUAUUAUAUGGGUAAAAAAAUAGAAGGUGCUUCAGCAAGUUCAUUUCAAUCAUUAGGCAAAGGCUUGGCAAAAGAUGCAUUUAAUCGUUAUCAUCUUGGACAAAAAUAUAGUGGUUUAACUCCACCCACGCAUCACUUUCAUUAG